CCUCCCCGAAAGUCCCAGGCCAGCAGCUCCCCUCCCCUCCCCAUCUCCUCCCGGUUGGCUCCGCCACCGAAACCCUCGCGCCGGCCGCCGCACGGCCCCCAUCCCUGACCCGCUCGCCGCCUCCGCCGCGCGAUGCCCUUGGGCAUCUGAUUCAUGUCUCACCCCCACGCCACCGCCCCCAAGCGGCCCUUUUCCUCCGCCUCUCCCUCUCCCACCUCCCCCGCGCCGCCGCACAUGAAGAAGGCCAAGCUUCCCGCCUCCUCCUCCUCCUCCGCCGGCCCCACCGAGAAGAACGGGCUCCACCUCGACCCGACGGCCGCCGCCGCCGUCCGGGGCAGUGGCCGCACUAACGGCGAGGAGGACGCGGAGAUGCUGCUCGCUGACCAGGACGAGCUCCGCGCUCCCAGCGCAUCGGUGCCCGGGGGCGUCACGGCCAACCUAUUCCGCAAGAAGGCCACGCUGCCGCAGCCAUCUGCCACCUCUGCCACACGCAAGCCCCUCCGCAUCAAAAUAGGCCAGCCAAAAUUGCCUAAAAACUUUGAGGAGGAUACUUGGGCUAUUUUGAAGGAUGCUAUUACAGCUAUAUUUCUCAAGCAGAAGCUUUCAUGUGACGUUGAGAAACUUUAUCAGGCAGCUGGUGAUCUUUGUCUACACAAGCUAGGGGCAAAUCUAUACGAGCGUGUCAAGAAAGAAUGUGAAAUACAUAUAGCGGCAAAAAUAUCAGCUUUAGUGGGUCAAAGUCCAGAUUUGGUUGUAUUUUUGUCGUUGGUGCAUAGAACAUGGCAAGAUUUUUGCGACCAGAUGUUGAUUAUUCGUGGUAUUGCUUUACUUCUUGAUGUAAAAUAUGUCAAGAAUAUUGCAAAUCUUUGUUCUGUGUGGGAUAUGGGGCUCCAGCUGUUCCGCAAGCAUGUGUCACUGUCUCCAGAGAUUGAACACAAAACCGUUACUGGUCUUUUAAGAUUGAUUGAGAGCGAGAGGCUUGGUGAAGCAAUAGAUAAGACAUUGCUUAGUCAUCUUCUGAAGAUGUUUACUGAUCUUGGAAUGUAUUCUGAGACUUUUGAAAAGCCUUUUCUUGAAUGCACUUCUCAGUUUUAUGCUACUGAAGGUGUCAAAUAUUUGCAACAAUCUGAUAUUCCAGACUACCUGAAACACGUGGAGUCAAGAUUGCAAGAAGAACAUGAGAGGUGCAUUAUGUAUUUGGAAGCUAACACGAGGAAGCCACUUAUCGCAACUACAGAAAAACAAUUGCUACAUAGACAUACAUCUGCAAUUAUUGAGAAGGGAUUUACAAUGCUUAUGGAAGCAAAUCGUGUAAAGGACCUCUGGAGGAUGUACACCCUUUUCCAGAGGGUUGAUGCCAUUGAGAUGCUAAAGCAAGCUCUUAGUUUAUAUAUCCGGGGCACUGGCCAGGGCAUUAUCAUGGACGAAGAGAAAGACAAAGAUUUGGUUCCCUUUCUUCUGGAAUUUAAGGCAUCUCUUGAUAAAAUAUUGGAAGAAAGUUUUGCCAAAAAUGAGUCUUUCUCGAAUACUAUAAAGGAGUCAUUCGAGCAUCUUAUCAAUCUACGCCAGAACCGACCUGCUGAAUUGAUUGCAAAGUUUCUUGAUGAGAAACUCCGAGCUGGAAAUAAAGGUACCUCAGAAGAAGAACUGGAGGGAAUACUUGAUAAAGUUUUGGUUCUGUUCCGAUAUAUACAAGGAAAAGAUGUAUUUGAGGCAUUCUACAAGAAGGAUCUGGCUAAGAGGUUGCUGCUGGGGAAAAGCGCAUCAAUAGAUGCUGAAAAGUCAAUGAUUACAAAGCUCAAAACUGAAUGUGGAAGUCAAUUUACCAACAAACUGGAGGGAAUGUUCAAGGACAUUGAAUUAUCCAAAGAAAUAAAUGAUUCUUUCAAGCAAUCAUCUCAGGCAAGGACAAAGCUUCCCACUGGAAUUGAAAUGAGCGUCCAUGUGCUUACAACAGGCUACUGGCCGACAUAUCCACCAAUGGAUGUAAAACUCCCACAUGAACUUAAUGUUUAUCAGGAUAUAUUUAAGGAGUUCUAUUUGAGUAAGUACAGUGGAAGGCGUCUGAUGUGGCAAAAUUCUUUGGGUCACUGUGUCUUGAAAGUAGAGUUCCCUAAAGGUAGAAAGGAGCUUUCAGUGUCAUUGUUUCAGAGUGUAGUUUUGAUGUUAUUCAAUGAUGCGCAAAAGCUAAGCUUCCUCGACAUAAAAGAUUCAACUGGUAUCGAGGAUAAAGAAUUGAGAAGAACACUGCAGUCACUUGCGUGUGGUAAAGUUCGGGUUCUCCAAAAGACACCAAAAGGGCGAGAUGUAGAUGAUAAGGACGAAUUUGUAUUUAAUGACGAAUUUAGUGCCCCUCUUUAUCGCAUAAAGGUGAAUGCGAUUCAGAUGAAGGAGACAGUAGAAGAAAACACGAGCACCACUGAGAGAGUAUUCCAAGAUCGUCAGUAUCAGGUUGAUGCGGCCAUAGUUCGAAUUAUGAAGACGAGGAAAACCCUCAGCCACACUCUUCUAAUAACCGAGCUCUUUCAGCAGCUCAAAUUCCCGAUCAAGCCAGCGGAUAUGAAGAAAAGAAUAGAGAGCCUAAUCGAUAGGGAGUACUUGGAGAGAGACCGGAGUAACCCCCAGAUAUACAAUUACCUGGCUUGACAACCUUGGGAUGCCGUGAAAGAGUUCGUGUUAAUUUUAUUGUCAGAAAGACUGUAAAGUAAUCGGGUAUCGCUGUUCCUUGUUUUCCCCCUCUCGUACUCGCUGGGAGUUGUAGCAGUUGCACCGGGCCUGCAUUUAUGUAUACGAACGAGUUUUAGAUAUAAAAGCUGCGCAUUAUGCAUGUAUCCGUGUAAGUUUGUAACACCCCGUUUGCUGAAGAAUAAGCAUCCCUAAAAUUCGCAGUGU